GUUUAGCCCGCUCCUCUUCAUCCUCCAUUCAUCUGUUUUCUUCGAAAAUUCCUCUCUCUCGGGUCUCUUCCAUGGCGAUUGCUACAGAGACUCAGCAGCAGGAGAAGAAAGCGUCAGAGGCUUCAGCAGAUGUGCAGAAGAGAUGGACUCUCAGUGAUUUUGACAUCGGAAAGCCUCUCGGAAGAGGAAAAUUCGGCCAUGUAUAUUUAGCGAGAGAGAAACGGAGUAAUCACAUUGUGGCUCUAAAGGUUCUGUUCAAGAGCCAGCUUCAACAAUCUCAAGUUGAGCAUCAGCUCCGGAGGGAAGUCGAGAUACAGUCUCAUCUCCGUCAUCCCAAUAUACUGCGAUUAUACGGUUAUUUCUAUGAUCAAAAAAGGGUUUACUUGAUUUUAGAGUAUGCUGCUAGAGGUGAACUUUACAAGGAACUCCAGAGGUGCAAACAUUUCAGUGAAAGAAGAGCGGCAACGUAUGUUGCAUCAUUGGCCAGAGCUCUCAUCUAUUGCCAUGGAAAGCAUGUGAUUCACAGAGAUAUCAAGCCAGAAAACUUAUUGAUUGGCGCAGAGGGAGAGCUCAAGAUUGCAGAUUUUGGUUGGUCGGUACACACAUUUAACCGCAGAAGGACCAUGUGUGGCACAUUGGAUUACCUUCCUCCGGAGAUGGUGGAAAGUGUGGAACAUGAUGCGAGCGUAGAUAUAUGGAGUCUUGGAGUUCUCUGUUACGAGUUCCUCUAUGGCAUCCCUCCUUUUGAGGCCAGGGAGCACUCAGACACAUACAGAAGGAUUGUGCAAGUCGAUCUCAAGUUCCCUCCGAAACCCGUUAUCUCUCAAACGGCAAAGGAUCUGAUCAGUCAGAUGCUUGUCAGGGAUUAUUCGCAACGUCUGCCGUUGCACAAAGUUCUGCAGCAUCCAUGGAUUGUGCAAAACGCGGAGCCUUCUGGCAUCUACAGAGGCUAAAAAAAUCAUGGGUCCUCAGUUGACAUUCUCGGAUUCACAAGUUCUUUAGUUGAAGGAGAUAUUGGUGUAAGUUUCUUGUCAACAUUCCAUGGACAUCUUUGUCUAACUCUAGUUAGAAUUCUUCUAUUUGUAAGCUGUAAGUCCUCCAAAAACGAAGUAGUUAAGUCCCUGCAAACUUUUGUUUCGCCAUUCUUCAAGUUCAUUGUAUAUGCAAUCUGUAAACUUCAGAAACUUCUUAUCAAUGGGAUAUAUUCAGUGUGAUAGAAAAAUUAGAUGAA